CCAACCCAAGACCCCGCCACCCUGCAGCGCCAACCUAGGGCUUUGGCCCCGGCCCUGCUGCGCGCGAUGGUCCCGCAGGGCCAGCCUUGAGUCCCGCGCGGAAUUCGGGGCUCUGCCUCCUGUCCUCGCCCCCGCCCGAGAGUCUCCACUAACUUCUGCCCGGGAACUCCACUCUGCCCCUUGUCUUGGCCCAGGGCGACCUGGGCAUCUCUGACAGCGCAAACCCUGCCGAGUGCCCAGAAAGGCCCCGGGGUGGCUGGCGCCUCCCAGGCUCUUUCUGGAUGGAGGCGCCUCCGGAAGGAGCCGGCUGAAUGCUGUGGCCUUCACCUUGCAGCCUCUGCUGACCACACCUCCCCUAGUGCAGAGGCUGCAGCCAGCAGGAAAUGCUGUACCAGGAGCAGCCUGAUCAGCACAGCCGGCUCCUGGGGACCCCGGUGUGACCACCAGGAUGGAGGUGGGGCCAACCACAGAGACCUUUGUGUUGGAGCUGCGCUGUCUUGAGGAUGGGGGUCCAGGGCCUGCUGCCCUCUCAGGUGGCAGCGGUGGGAGUGAGAGUCAGGAGGAGGAAGAGGCUCAGGAGGGGCGCAGUGGCCCACAACAACCAUCAGUGUCAGCCCCAAUAGGGGCCAGUAACAUUGCUGAAGAAGCCCAGCCGGGACAACAAGAGCUGCUACUGCAACAGCUAGAGCAGCAGCCAGAGCUGCAAGAACAGCCCCAGCAGGAGCAGCCUCAACAGCAGCAACCACAGAAGCAACUAUUAGAACAUCAGCCAGAAAUGCAACAGCAGCAGCAACAGCAACAGCAGGAUGGGCAACAGCAUCUGCCUCAACUACAGCUGGAGCUACAGGAAAACCACCAAUCUGUGCAACACCAAGAACUGAAACCACAAGUGCAGGUAAUACAACAACAGGGACAGGUACCAGAGCAAGUGCAAGAGCAACAGUUACAGCAGCAGGAACAGUUACAGCAGGAAGUGCAAAAGCAACAACUUUUGCAGCAGCAGCAGGAACAGUUACAGCAACAAGUACAAGAACAGCAGCUGUUACAACAGCAACAGGCACUGUUACAGGAACAGCAUGUGCAAGAGCAACUAUUGUUACAGCAGCAACAGGCACAGUUACAGCAGCAAGUACAAGAGCAACAGCUCUUACAGCAGCAACAGGAACAGUUACAGCAGCAAGUGCAAGAGCAACAACAGUUACAGCAGCAACAGGCACAGUUACAGCAGCAAGUGCAAGAGCAACAGCUCUUACAGCAGCAACAGGCACAGUUACAGCAGCAAGUGCAAGAACAACAGCUCUUGCAGCAGCAACAGGCACAGUUACAGCAGCAAGUGCAAGAGCAACAGCUGUUACAGCAGCAACAGGCACAGUUACAGCAGCAGCAAGUACAAGAGCAACAACAGUUACAGCAGCAGCAACUGCUACAACAGCAGCAACUGUUACAACAGCAGGAACAAUUACAGCAGCAACAGUUCCAACAGCAUCAGGAACAGCUACAGCAGCAGCAACUACUGUUGCUACAGCAGCAGGAACAGUUACAACAACAGUUGUUGCAGCACCAACAACAGGCACAGUUACAGCAGCAGCUCCUGCAGCAGCAGCAGGCACAGAUACAGCAGCAGCUAUUGCUGCAGCAGCAGCAGCAACAGCAACAGCUAUUGCAACAGCAGCAGCAACAGCAACAGCUAUUGCAACAGCAUCAGGAACAGCUACAGCAGCAGCAGCCUCCUCCACUGGAGCCAGAGGAGGAGGAAGAGGUGGAACUGGAGCUCAUGCCAGUGGACCUGGGGUCAGAGCAGGAGCUGGAGCAGCAGCGGCAGGAGCUAGAGCGGCAGCAGGAACUGGAGCGUCAGGAGGAGCAGCGGCAGCUGCAACUCAAACUGCAGGAGCAGUUGCAGCAGCUGGAGCAACAGUUGGAGCAGCAGCAGCUAGAGCAGGAGCAGCUGGAGCAGCAGGAGGUGCAGCUGGAGCUCACUCCCGUGGAGCUGGGUACUCAGCAGCAGGAGGUGCAACUGGAGCUGACCCCUGUGCAGCCUGAACUGCAGCUGGAGCUGGUUCCCGCUGCAGGGAGCAGCACGGCGACUGUCCCAGGGGCUCCAGCGGCUGUUGUGGUGGCCCCCCCAGGCUACGUGGUGCUGCAAGAGCUCAUGGUGCUGCCCGCAGUGGCCACGUCAACAGUGGUGGCCAUCCCGGGCCCAGCGGGCAGCGCCGCGCUCACUCCAGCACGGCAGCGGCGGCGGCGGCGCGCACGAGACCGGCCGACCAUCUGCGGAGAGUGCGGCAAGGGCUUCAGCCGCAGCACGGACCUUGUGAGGCACCAGGCCACGCACACCGGCGAGCGGCCGCACCGCUGUGGUGAGUGCGGCAAGGGCUUCUCGCAGCACUCCAACCUGGUGACACACCAGCGCAUCCACACGGGUGAGAAGCCCUACGCCUGCUCGUAUUGCUCCAAGCGCUUCAGCGAGAGCUCAGCUCUUGUGCAGCACCAGCGCACGCACACUGGCGAGAGGCCCUACGCCUGUGGCGACUGCGGCAAGCGCUUCAGUGUCUCCUCCAAUCUGCUGCGUCACCGGCGCACACACUCGGGCGAGCGGCCCUACGUGUGCGAGGACUGUGGCGAGCGCUUCCGCCACAAGGUGCAGAUUCGCCGCCACGAGCGCCAGCUGCAUGGAGCUGGCCGCUCGCGUGGCCUUGGCCUGCUGCGGGCCUCGAGGCCGGCGCCGUCUACUGGCCCAUCGCGCGCCCAGCAGGCCUCCGGGGCCACAGCAUCCACCAACAAGGCUUCAUGAUGCGGGUGCGCAUCUCUGCAACAGAAGGCAGAGGGCCAGGAGCAGGAAGGGGUCAGCCUGGAAGCACGGGGCAUCCAGGGCGGGGAGGGUGCUCUUUCAAGCACCCUCCACAUGAGUGGAGGGUGAGAAGCCCCACAUGGAGUGGGAUGGACACCUCGACCCCAGUUCGUGGUCAUGACCCCAGUACAACAUCUCCCGGAUCAUCCUGGAAUAUCCUUGGGAACGAAAAGACUACCAUCAUCCCCCAUAUUCCCUGAGAAGUGCCAGGUUCACAGAUCCACCCCCAGAAAUCAUCCACAAGAGAAUAGCCACUGUGGCUAAAACAGCAUCUGGGGAAACCCAUGAGCGAGAGGGCUGCCAAAAAUUUUCCCAAGAAAAUUGAACUUAGUAGAAACAAGAACCGCCUGAGAAUACUCCCCAGGACAAUUGAGGAUGUUUGACGUGGACCAAACACUCACCAGGGAAUAAAAUAAAUCUGGUGAGGCACACACGGAAAAUAAUGGAUCCUGGUGAAAAUUAUUUAAAGGAGGAAAAAAACAGGGAAAAAAUAAACUUACCUGCACUAUGUAGGAAACUGAUUAAGGCAUUGAAUUGUCCUCAGUGGCAUUUGCCUUGAAAAUACUUGCCAGUAUGAAAAUCUAUUGAGCUGAAUACAAUUCUGAUGAAAAUACCUGUUUUCAUAAACACAGGGUCACAGUGUCUAUGGGGUCAAUGUGCAAAUAAGUGCCAGGAAGUCUUGCUCUGGGUGGAAGGUAAAACCUUUCCUCCCUGGGGAACCCAGAAUUGGAGCAGGUGUUAGAGGCAGGUUCUAGGCCUCUGCUGCAAUGUUCUCAAUCCACCGGAGGCCCCCUUUAAUAUUCCCUGGAAUAGAGAAGCCUGUAGCUGAAACAGAGCGCAUUCUGGGAGGGCUCUCCAAGGUCUGGAAGAAUCCUCCCCAGGAAAGAUCUCCAAGAUAGCCCCACCCAGCCAAGCUGCUCAGAUGCUGCCCAGAGGUUGACUCCUUGAGACCUGGGAGCAGAGAUCUCUUGGAUCAGGAUAAGGGGAGGGGCACCUGAACAGACCUUGCCUUCUGGCCCCAGGAUGUGUGAAGAAUGUUGGGGACAAAGAUUAGGAAGAACAGAAAGGUUAUUUACCAUGUUUACCAAAUCGUCCAGGGCAGGGGCUGUAUGAGCAGUAGCAAUUGCUGAUUCCUCAUGGGAAGGUGAGCUGGUGGAGGAUGUCACUGGCCACCUCUGGGCUUGAGGCUCUUCCUGGCCAACCUGACUUCCCACAUGGCUGCUUAGUUCCUGCCCCUCUCUCCCCUCCCUGCUUCUCCUUUACUAACACAGCCUGCCACAUUUUACACAUGUGUUGGUAAGUGAGAAACAAAACAUAAAAAAUAAAGUGAAGAAACACAG